UUGAAAGUUCGGUUGUAAUCAAAAUAGAUAAAAUAGUAAUUAUUAGGUUUCUAAAUUAAUUUACUCAUCCAUUUGAUAUUUUCGAUGAUGUCGCGUAGCCUAGCAACGCGUAACUAAGCAAUAGAAUGUUUAUUUAUAGUUGUUAUAACACCAGUAUAAGCAUAUGAAAUUAAUUCAUUAAGUGCAAUAUAAGUUUAUAUAAUAUUAAUUUUUUAAAAAUAAUAUUAUAAUCACAAUGAGUUCAGAUGAAUCUGACACUGAACUUACCGGAGACGAGAUUGUUCGUAAUUUUGAUGAUGAAGCUAAAUUAAUAACUGACAAUUUAUUGCCUGAGAAAUCUAAAGCGCGCUACGUUUUCGCGUAUGACCAAUUUAUAUCAUGGCAAAAAAAAAAUAACUCGGAAUCAUUCAGUGAAAGUGUAUUUUUGGUGUACUUCAAAGAACUAUCGAAAAACCAUAAGCCACCAACUUUAUGGGGCCAAUGGUCUAUGUUAAGAACCACGAUCAACUUAAGGCAUGCAAUUGAUAUUAAUUCAUACCAUAAUUUAAAAUCUUUUAUUAAAAAUUUGGCAAAAGGCUAUCAACCGAAAAAAGCUCAAGUUUUAACUUUAUCGCAAAUAAAUAAUUUCUUGAACAAUUUUGAUGAUUUAAUCUACCUAGCAAAAAAAGUCAUUCUUAUUUUCGGAGUUUUUGGAGCAAUGAGAUCUAGUGAAUUUUGUCAAAUGAAUGUCCAAGAUAUCGAGGAUACUGGAAACCAAUUUAUCGUGACAAUAAAAGAUAAUAAAAACUAUUAUCCUCGGAAUUUUAUCAUUGGAAAAGAGUAUUAUGCAAUUGUUAGAAAAUACAUUGAUCUACGCCCAAAAGAUAUCGAUACGAGAAGAUUUUUCAUCAACUAUCAAAAGGGAAAGUGUACGUGCCAGGUAAUCGGUAAAAAUAAAAUCAGCGAAGUACCGAAAGUCGUAGCUAUUUGUUUACAAUUGGAGAAUCCGGAGACCUACACCGGCCACUGUUUGCGACGUUCAGCCGCAACAAUACUUGCGAACUCUGGGGCAAAUAUAACAGCUCUCAAACAACUUGGUGGAUGGCGAUCAAGUACAACGGCAGAAGGAUACGUUGAAAAUUCAUUGGCAAAUCGACAAAAACUGUACCAGAAGUUAAUUAGUUCAGUUCACAACGCACCAUCUACAUCUACUGCUAUUCAAACACCUUUACCUCAAUUGGAAGAGUCACGACCAGGGGAAACUCAUGAAAAAAUGUCACCUGAUUUACUUGAUAACGAUUCUUUUAUCAUCAUUAAAUCCAAUGAGAACCCUGAAGUUAAUGAAAAUUCAUCCCUAUUGCAAUCUACUAAGCAUAAUAAUUUUGAUAGUACAGCUGCCGCGAAUCCGAAAAAUAUACCGUCAGCAAAAUCAUCGCCUCAAAUUAAAGAACAUAAUCGCCAUUAUUUGCAAGAAAUUCAAAAUUUCAGUAGUAACAAGAAACCAAAGACUGGUCGUUUGAAACCACAAAUUAGCAACAAAAAUUCGAAUGCAGCAGAAAUUGAGAAUGAUGAUGUCAAUGACAUCACUGUCUAUUCAUCAUUCGUCACAAUGGAAAACAAUACCAUUAAGAAAGUUAUAAUAAACAAAAAUUAUUAUUGUAACUGUAAUGACAAAAAAAAUGAUUAAUUUUUUUUUGUCAAUGUUUAAUUCGAUAUUAAUUGUUAAAAUU